AUCCAAUCGGCUGGGCGCCAGUCGCCAACUCGCCAGUAUUCUGAUUUCUGCUGUGCUAUUCAGUUGUUCACGAGUGUGUGAGCUCGCGUCGCGUAUGUCGCGCCACAACGAUUUUUCCGACACGGCCAAUUUAUCACACUAAUAUAAAACAUUAAUAUAAGUCCCUCGUAACUAUUCUUCCACCCGACAAAACCAUUACGAAGACAAUGGACAAUACUUUAAAUUAUUAUAAUGUAUACAACGGUGAACGUGCGGUCUUAAAUGCGAAGUGUCUUUGGAAUUAAUAAGCGAACAUUCGGAUGUUUUUAUUAUUUUUUGGUGAUCGUGGGUGAUCGCGACUACUUAUAGUUAAAGCGUUGACCAAAGGAGAGUAAACGAUGGAGGUGCCAUGUGUGGGUAUGAGCGCGUGUCCACCACACGUGCUGUCUGCGGCGCUACACUCUUUGAAUCUCUAUUGCGCCGCCAUCGCUGCUGCCUUGGUCUUCAGCUGCUCAUCCUCGCGGUCGCAAUGGAACGGCGUACGAUGGCGAGGUCAAAAUAUCAGAGGAGUCGCGAGUCUAAUAUUGGGAGUGACGUGGUGUAUCGGGGCGGCCGCGGCGUCCCUCCGUCCGGGGAACACGGUGAGACUGGUGUCAGCUCUCAUGCCCCCUCUGUCCUGGCUGGCGUCUGCUGCUCUUCAUAUCUCGCUCUGGACCAGACGCUCCUCAGCACCAAUACUCUACCUGGCAAUAUAUUGGCUGCUAUCCGCGGGUACCUCCGCAGCCAUUUUAUAUAACAACCUUCUACCUGGAGUUGUACCGAACGUUAUCGAUGUAUGCGUUCAGGGUUGUGCGACGAUCCUCUGUUUGAUCGUCUCUGGAGUUGAUUGUAUUUGUUUUUACGAUGAAGUUACAAAACGACUGCAGUCCAGACAAAAAAGUACGACAGAAACUGAAGAUAUUCAUUACAUUUAUAACGAUACACACUUCUUUUCAAAAAUAACUUUCUUCUGGCUAAACCGUUUAUUAUAUAAAGGAUAUUUUGCACCGGAUGAAAACGCUGAAAAUAAUUUUGGAAAUAUACCUGAAAAUGAGAAAUCGAAAAUAUAUUACGAAAAGUUUAGAAAGUUAUAUUUCAAUCAAAAGAUAAGUAAAAAUAAAGAACGAAGCACCAGUAUUUGGCAAUGUUACGUUACCAUGAUGUGGCCAAACUUUUACAAAGGAGGACUUUUAAAAUUAUUUGGGGAUUUAAUAUCGAUCAUACCCGCCGUAGGAUUGGCUGCAAUUAUUAAAUUCAUACAAGAACCAAAUUCAUACAACGACACGGAUUCUGAAGUCAAUCUGGAGGAAUUUUUCUCGAAUGGAUACGUCAUGCUGCUUAUUGUUACACUGGCACUUGUAUUUCAAGCUAUUCUGUCCCAAAAUUCUACUCAUUUAAUAACAGUCCAAGGAACUAGACUUAAAAUGGCAUUGCAAAGCAUGAUUUACGACAAAUGCAUGCGAUUAGCAUCUUGGUCAACAGAUCUAGAUAGAGAUUCAGAAGUUUCGCCACUUCUUCGUAAUCCUGAAGAAGAAUCAAACACUCAAGCCGGGCUUCUUAUAAAUUUAAUAUCACAAGAUACAUAUAACGUAAUGUCGAGUGUGUGGAUUUACCAUUAUACGUGGGCCAUACCAUUGAAGAUAUCUCUCAUCCUAUACUUGUUGUACACAAAGUUGGGUAUAAGUGCCAUAAUAGGCACGUCUGCUAGCUCCUUACUCAUAACUCCCAUACAAUUCUACAUAGGAAAGAGAAUCUCAGAUAACUCCAAAGAUACUUCAAAAUGUACUGAUCACAGAGUUUCUAAAUUAUCCGAAAUUUUACAAGGAAUGAACGUUAUAAAAUUGUACGUGUGGGAGGACUUGUUCAAUGAAAAAAUAUUACAGCUUAGAGAAGUAGAAUUGAAACUUCUCAAUAAAGACUCCGCUUAUUGGAGCUUGCUAACCUUUAUAACACACUUAUCCGCAAUAUUUGUAACAGUUGUUACUUUUACGACAAACUACUAUCUUGACAAAAGCAGUAAUUUGACAGUUGUGAACGUAUUUGCUGGAUUGGCACUCUUUAACCAAUUAACGAUACCAAUGUUAAUAUUCCCUGUGACCGUAUUGAUGAUAAUUCAAGCUAUGGUCAGCACUAAAAGGAUAAAAGAUUUCUUAGAACUUCCAGAAUCUUAUAACGCACGAGACGUUGACGACGAUACGUAUUCACAUAACGUUAUGCAUGACUGUGAUGACGUCAUUGACGCAACAAUGGAGGAAAAUCCACUUUCUGAAAAAGAUGAACUCAACAUUGAUGAUGAACAGAUUGACAAUCAGAAUAAAGCAAAUGUAGAUCACGACCAAGAGUAUUUAGUUCGAUUUAGAAACGCAGCAUUUUCUUGGAGACUAAAAGAAAAUGGAUGGUUAGAAAUUGAUGAUUUAGAUAUUGCAUCAGGAAAAUUAAUAAUGGUCGUCGGAGCUUCCGGUUCCGGAAAAUCGUCAUUUAUUUCUGCAAUUCUCGGAGAAAUGCACCAAGAACGUGGAGACGUAUUUGUUAAUAGGAACUGUUCAAUAUGGUACGCUGGUCAACCGCCCUGGCUGCUAGAGGGCUCAAUUAAAGAUAACAUUGUAAUGGAUCAUGCGUGGUGCACCACUAGAUAUAUGAGAGUUCUUCGUGCUACAGCUUUGCGACCAGAUCUGCAACUUUUACCAGAUGGUGAUAAUACACAACUAGGAAGCUAUGGAACUCCGCUGUCGGGUGGUCAGAGGGUCCGCGUAUGCGUAGCUCGGGCUCUGUACUCGAAGGCGAAGUUGUUGGUGUUGGACGAGCCCUUCGGAGCGCUGGACGCGGUGCUAGCUCGUCACGUGGUUGCGAGAGCGUUGCUGCCCACCGCUCGUAGUGGACGUACUGUUCUGGUGGCGACGAAUAGAUUGGAACUACUACACUAUGCCGAUACGGUGAUAGUAAUGGAAGAUGGUCGCGUCAGUGGCGUGGGUCGCUUGAACAGCAUGAGCGAAGGCGUGCUGAGCCAGUGGGCGCAGCUGGCGGAGGAGGCGCGAGCGGCGGCGGCGCGCGGCGGCGCGGGCCCGCCCGGCGGUGCGCUGCGGGAGCGCUCGCAGCUGCUGCGAGCUGUGAGCCGGGUGCAGUUCCAGAGGAACUUGUCUGAUGAUGCCUUGCAACUGGACAUAAGCGAGGUGACCGGCGCGCACCUGCUGGCGGAGGUGCCCACGGGCGUGGGCGGCACCUGGCGGCGCGCACUGAGUCGCGUGCGACCUCCUCUUGAGCGACAGUUCUCCUCACCUCCUCCCACUUUGCCACGCUUUAAAUGGCGGCACGAAAUUAGACGCGCUGUAAGUGCUGUCGAACCUAAUACACAACAUCCUGAGGGUAGUCCGCUGCGUAACGGAAGCCGCCAACGCCUUUAUCAUAGAACGUUGACCAGGUGGACGCCGAGAGGUCUGCGCCGCUUUUUAAGUAAUAACUCUGAUUCAUCUGCCGAAGGUCAAAAUGGUAAAGUAGAGGCAUCGUCCGACGCGACACUCACCUCGAUAGCUGCAAACGGCGUGGAGACGGCCGCUGUGCCCAUUCCUGACAUCCCGAGCGCGUCGAAAGAAGAAGAACCUGUUUUAAAUGAGAGUGCAGUAUGGUGUGCCUACACACGCGCCUGCGGGUGGUGGGGCGUGGUGUUCUGGGUCGCGGCGACCGCCACGCAAGCGAUAGCACUGGCCGCAGACUAUUGGCUGUCACUGCUGGCUGAAGAGAAUUCGAAGACUACUCUUUCUAAUGAAAAGAUGUGGCAUAUGAUCGUUGUCUACGCGCUGUGGUGCGCGGGCGGCGCGUGCCUGUCGGCGUGCGCGCAGGCGGCGAGCGCGUGUGCUGGCGCCCGCUGCCGGCGUACCCUGCACGAGCGCCUAUUGCACGCCACACUGCACGCGCCGCUGCACCACCACCUCGCGCGCCCCGCCGGGGACACACUGCACCGGUUCUCCUCUGAUACCCUCGUUGUGGACAAGAAACUACCAAUGGCAAUGAGCCGAUGGGCGCAGCUGGCGCUGUUGUGCGGCGCCGCCAUGUUGGUGAACGCGGUGGCGGCGCCGUGGACGCUGCUGGCGAUCAUCCCAGCCGUCAUAGUCUUUAUCGUUCUGCAGUCAGUCUACUUAGAUAACGCAAGCGAGCUGCAGCACGUGGAGGCGGAGACGGCGGCGCGCGCGGUGUCGCUGGCGGUGCAGUCGGCGGCGGGCGCGGGCUCGGUGCGCGCCGCGCGCCUGCAGGCUCGCAUGCGCGCCGUGUUCUUCCGCCGCCUCGACCGAAACCACAACGCGCUGCUGCUACUCAACUCCUCCAACCGCUGGCUGGGACUCACACUGGAUCUGGUGGGAGCGGCGAGCGUGUUCGUGUCUCUGGCGACGGCGCUGUACGGCAGCAGCGGAGCGGCGGCGGGGCUGGCGGGCACCUACGCGCUGCUGCUGCCCACCUACCUCGCGCACCUCGCCAAGUGCCGCGCCGACCUGCACCUGCAGCUGGCGGCCGUGCGGCGCCUGCUGGCGCACAGCCGCGCGCCGCGGGAGGACUACAGAGACGACUGUCCUAUUCCUGCAGAAUGGCAACGUAACGGAAAAAUAGAGUUUCAAGAUGUAAGCGUACAACAUCAACCAGGACAGCCGCCUGUGCUCAAAAAUAUUACAUUUACAGUGAAACCUGGCGAAAAGGUGGCAGUGUGCGGUCGAAGUGGGAGCGGGAAAUCGUCUCUAGUGUUAUCUUGCGUCGGAGCGACAACUAUUACCAGCGGUCGCUUGCUCGUCGACGACCAAGACGUGAUGCGAGUGCCGCUCCGCGCGCUGCGUCACCGGGUGGUGGUGUUGCCGCAGGAGGCCGUCAUGUUCUCUGGCACUCUGCGAGAGAAUCUGGACCCUCUUGCUGUGCACACGGACGAAGAAAUAUGGCAGAGUUUGAGAGCUGUCGGGUUGUACGAUUAUGUUACUGCUCAGUCAACUGGCUUAGAAUGCAGUAUGGGCGGCUGGCGUGGCUGCUGGAACGGCAGUCGUGGCGCGCGGGUGUGUGCGGCGCGGGCAGCGCUGCACGCGCGCACGGCCGCCGCGCUUCUGCUGGACGAGCCGGGCGCAGCGCUCGACGCGUCCGCUGAGCGCGCGCUGCUACGAGCCGUGGCCGCGCUAGCGCCCAACACUACUGUCAUCACUGUGGCGCAUCGCUUGUCAUCGGUCCGUGGCUACGACAGCGUGGUAGUGCUGGAGGACGGGCGGGUCGCGGAGCGCGGGCGCGCGGACUCUCUACUCGCAGCGCCUGCGUCGGUGCUCGCGCGCCUGGCCGCUGCCUCGCAACUGCAUUCCUGACAAGCUGCCUCUUCAACAAUAUUGUGCGAUAGUGCGGAAGGAAUUAUACAGGAAACGUAGUAGAUGACAUGGUGACAAACUUUGUCAGCAGUGCAGAUAUAUUCGAAGCUAAACGCAAUAAAACGUCCUUUUCACGUAUUCACACUACUCAGAUAUUGUUGGUUCUGCAAUCUCUAAUGGAAAUGCAGUUAAACGAUCUAUACCAACGAACGAUGACGUUAGCUUUAAUUGAAAAUUACAAUGUAGGCAAUUUCUUCGACUUAUGCUCAUUAAAUAAUCGACUUAGUUGAUAAAAUGACUGGACGAGAAAAAAUCGUCUUAUGCAAAUGCAUUUAGAAAUAAUUAUUCACAUACGGUAUUACAAAAAUUGUAUUGAAUUUUAUAAAAUAUGAGAUUAAUUUAAAUUCAAAAUCCUAAUGGUCAUUAACUUAUUUUAUUAAAAAAAAAGUACUGUACUUACUUCAAGAACGCAUAUCUUCACACUAGCACUGAAUAAACGUUGAUAUUUAUAUGCGUUAGAAUUAAGCUGACGCAUCACACAGUGCAUGCAUGCGUUGGUACGUGACGUAUGCAUGCGGUGCGCAUAUGUUCGACGUACGUUAGCGUGAAGUGGCUAUUUUAUUAAUUGUUAUAAAAUGUGUGAAACUAAUGAUAAAGCACGACAUAACAUAAUACGCAAUUCAAAAAAUAUUGUUCUACUAUAGUAAGCUAAUUGAUAUGAUAAUAAUAUUUCUCUCCACUUUCAUGUAGUCUAGUGCACAGCAAAGUCCAUAUGAUACUUAUUAACAUUUCUUUUUAGCAUUAUAAAGUCUUUAUUGUCACUACAUCACUUUUUACAAAUUUAUCGCUUUAAUACAAAGACUGAAACUAAGCCAUGUGUUUGUAACUUAAUUGUCACCAUAAUUUUAAUAAUCAUUGUAUUAUAACACUUAUUAAAAAAAAGUAUGUACUUACGGAGUACUUAAGUAUUUUUACUAAAAUAAACCGGCUAUGUUAUAAGAAUGUCACACUUUAAAAAACAAUAUAGUUUUAUCAUACCAAGCUCAGAUAUUAUAAUAACUCGAAACUAAACCGUUCGCCGGUAGGAUAUUUGUAUGAUAUUUAUUAUGUAAUGUAAUUUGACAUUUUCAAAUAAAUGAAAUAAAACAACAAGUAAA